UCCCAUAAUCCCACGCAAGGUUCCGUUGAUCAGCAAACCGUUGCUAGGGCGACACGCACGUGCGUGGUAAAUCGUUACAUGAGCGUCGGUUAAACUGCAGAGAGCAUCAGUCCAGCGGUGUACAGGGAUUCUGUUGUGUCCUUCCAGUGGAUUGAUCAACUACAGGUAUGGGACCUGUUUUCCAGAAUGAUUGGUACCUGGGGUUUUCCAGAUAACAGAUCUUUUCACAACUUGGAUCGUCAUACCAUACGUCUACUAGAAAAUUACAUACACAUCAAAUAAACCCAAUAGGCUGGGUUUGCUUCCAAUAAGGAUUAAUUAUAUCUUUGUUUUCAUCAACUACAAGUGAACUAAUCUUCAGGGAAGAUGCCCUUAUUCGGGAACACGUUCAGCCCAAAAAAAGUGCCACCAAGGAAAUCCGCUUCCCUGUCUAACCUGCACGCGCUGGACCGGACAACUAAAGAAGUAGAACUGGGCUUAGAUUAUGGUUCCCCAAAUAUCAAUAUUGCAGGCCAAAGCUUGAAAUUUGAAAAUGGACAGUGGAUCACUGAGUCAGGGGGGACUGGAUCACAGAGGGAGGUCCAAAGGCUGCGCAAAAGAAACCAGCAGCUUGAAGAAGAAAACAACUUGUUACGUGUCAAAGUUGACCUUUUACUGGAUAUGCUCUCAGAAGCAGCAGCAGACGCCCACUUGAAGGAAAAAGAAAUGGAGGAAAUUAAAAAUCUGACUGGCAGGAGGAAAUGAGUUUGUUGAUAGAGAUGGACAAUAUCUGAAAUUGAGCCAAUGAUUCCCCCAUCUGAUUGGACAGAUCACCAGAGCUUCAUUUUUUUGUAAAGAUUACCGUGGAAAGUAGAAAAGUAUUUCAUUAUCAGAAGACUGUCAAGUGGAAGAUAAAAGUUGCAGUCCACGUAAGAAGAAAAAUCUUCCAAUGAAUCAUGUGUCUAACAGAAAAGUGAUAAUUGGACAAUCCAGUAAUAAAUGGAAAGACUUAUGGACAUUU